AUCGUCCACUUGUCCAUCCUUUUGUGGUCGCUGGCUGCCAGCAUCAACAUCUUUGGUCCACGAAGCACGAAGCUCCUCGCCCUGCGGUUUGAAACUCUGCUUCAGGCACCGGUGGCUUAUCAACGCUCGAUUGCCCACUCCGGACAGCUCGCUCCCCCACAGUUCCCCAUCUCAUUUGCCACUGCUAGUACCGAACUAAAGUAUUCACGUUUCGAUUAUUUCGCCAAUUGUUCGCUCCAUUUGCCUUCCCCUUACCCCUCUCCCUCCCUCCCUCUCUCUCUCUCUCGUUUUCUCGUCCCUUUAUGAAGGGGAUAGAACCUACCCAGACUGCCCCCGGGAGUGUCUCAGCAACUCCAAUAGUUUCAAAAUGAAGCCAGCAACCGCUACAAAGUCCCCCAAUGGCCAUGGGAGCCUCUACAAGGAGGUUCGCUUCUCGCCUACUCCAACUCCUGUCCGUCGAACACAGUCAGUACCAGACACCCAUCUCGAAUCGAGACCAAACUAUUCUGGCGGCCCAGAUACAGAAGCAGCCAGUUAUUCGGUUGUAAGUGCCGAUUACUUGAGACAAGUACGGUCGCUCCUCGAUCGCCAGCGUGCGAAUUUUGAGCAUGAGAGGAAGUUAUUCAACGAGGAACGACAUCUAUGGGAGAAUGAGCGUGCGCUAUUGAACCAGAGGAUCUCUGAACUAGAGUCGCUGCUGAAGGGUAGGGGAUCCACAGGGACCGCCGCUACUAGUACGGCCGCGCUCCCGACCGGCACUUUUCAAUCUUAUGCAUCGUCAUCUGCAUUUCGCAACCAAUUCAGCCACCCAUUUUCGGCAGAACACACUGAUUCUUCUCACUCGACAAGUACCCAAGUGUGGGAAGGCUCAAGCCCUGGAAGCAAACCCACAAGGGUAUUUCCCAACGCGGAGAAGACAGACCUCUCAGGUCUCCUAUUUCCGGAGCAAGGAGGCAAUCCUUCGGUCUCUGUGCCAUCCUUGGAUGCUGCGCUUUCGCCGAAGUCACAUGCGACUGACUUGACCUCGAGCGCAUGCGUUCCUGUCCCAAUUGAGAGGCUUGAUAGUAAACUUGACGGGAUCACGCUCAAGUCCUCAGCAUUGCCGCCAGAGAUUGUCGCUCGUGUAAUCACACCACCGUCGCCACCAUCGCUCGAGGGCUCUCCAUCACUUUCCUCCAGACCUUCUGCUGAGCACCGCAACAGCCUCAAAUUGAAACUGUCUGAACUUGGCCCACCAGAGUUCAACCUGACCAGGAACGCCGGUCACACACCCAUGGCUAGGAUCGAUCGAGACAUCGACACGGAGCAGCCGUCACCCCAGGAGGCCGCAAACGAGGAGGAGCCCCUCGCUUCGGAAGCGCCUCGGCAACCUGCAGAAAAUUCCGACUCGUACUUUGGGGAUUUGGCGGAUGACCCUGCCCUGAAGGGGCCACUCACCUUGCUGAAUGAGGAAGAGCACGAUAGCUGAAGUCGAGCCCCCGAGUCAGGGUGAAGAGCCAGAAUUAAGGUUCAAGAAUACGACGAACUUUGGCACGGCUUUUGGGAAUUCGGACUGUGGGAAGGUGUAGUUAGGGUUGAGGCGAAGCGUUACCUUGCGGUCGCAGAUUGUUUGUUGUGGAUGUUAACCUCAUAGCCGUAUUUGGACUAUGAUUACUAUGGA